AUGGCUUCAGAGAAGAUAGCAGUUGCGUCUGGAGCGGAUUUCGAUCAGGCCACGCGGCGACGUAAUGUGCCCUCGACUUCACCAAACAGCGGACUCGUGGAUAAGGUGGAGGUAGACGACAAGAAGACACGGGUGAAGAAGAAUGAGCAGUCAUUACUUCAAUUCCUCGACGAAUGGGAGUUUAUUAUCGCGCCCAUUAUCUUUACAGCACUUGCUUUCUUCACGCGAUUGUACAAGAUUGGCUUGUCCCCCAUCGUGACGUGGGAUGAAGCUCAUUUCGGAAAAUUUGGGUCCCACUACCUCAAGCGCGAGUUCUAUUUCGAUGUACACCCUCCUCUUGGAAAGAUGCUUGUUGGUCUAUCAGGAUACUUGGCUGGCUACAAUGGCUCUUUCGAAUUCAAGUCGGGGGAGAGAUACCCGGAUGAGCUCAACUAUACCUUCAUGCGUGCAUUCAACGCUUUUUUUGGCGCUGUGUGCAUUCCUCUGGCCUAUUUCACUGCCCGCGAGCUGAACUUCAAGAGACCAGCUGUGUGGUUCGUCACCCUGAUGGUCCUCUGCGAGAAUUCGUACACCACCAUCAGUCGAUUUAUCCUCUUGGACUCUAUGCUUCUAUGCUUUACCUUCACAACUGUACUGUGCUGGGCGAGAUUCCACAGACUUCAACACAAGAGCUUUAGUAUUGAAUGGUUCACUUGGCUCGCCUUGACUGGUAUUAGCAUUGGAUGUGUUACCAGCGUAAAAUGGGUCGGAUUCUUCGUCACAGCACUUGUCGGAUUAUACACCAUCGAGGACCUUUGGAACAAAUUUGGCGACACUAAGAUGCCCAAGAUUGACCUUGCAACCCAUCUGGGCGCCAGAGUCAUUGGUUUGAUUAUUAUCCCCUUGCUUGUCUACAUGCUAUCUUUCGCCGCUCACUUUGCAAUCUUGGAAAACAGUGGUCCAGGAGAUGCCCAAAUGAGCUCGCUCUUCCAAGCAAACCUCAAAGGUACCGAAGUUGGAAAGGAUAGUCCCCUUGAAAUCGCCUACGGCUCUCGCGCUACUCUCAAGAACAUGGGAUACGGUGGCGGUCUUCUCCACUCCCACGUCCAAACUUACCCCGAGGGAUCUACUCAACAACAAAUCACAUGUUAUCACCACAAAGAUGCCAACAAUGAGUGGUGGUUCUACCCAAACCGCGAUCAACCAGAGUACGAUCCUGAGGCACCACUAAAAUAUGUCGCGGACGGUGAUGUUCUACGUAUGAUCCACUCCCAAACCGGACGUAACCUACAUUCCCAUGAUGUUUCUGCUCCAGUCACCAAGGCAGACAAGGAAGUUUCCUGUUAUGGAAACACCACUGUGGGAGAUGAGAAAGAUCACUGGACGAUGGAAGUUGUCAAGGACGUGGCUUCGAAUGAUCGAAGCAAGAUCAGGACUCUCACCACUGCUUUCAGACUGAAGCACACUGCUCUUGGCUGUUAUCUUCGUGCUGGCAACGUCAACUUGCCACAAUGGGGUUUCAAGCAAAUCGAAGUCACAUGUGCGAAAGACGCUAAGGCAAACGACGUAUACACCCACUGGAACGUCGAGGCUCACUGGAAUGACAAACUACCUGCCGCUGAUGCUGGAGCAUACAAGUCUCCAUUUUUGCAAGACUUCAUUCAUUUGAAUGUAGCCAUGAUGACCUCGAACAACGCUCUUGUCCCCGAUCCCGACAAGCAAGAUGAUCUCGCCUCCCAAUUCUGGCAAUGGCCUAUUCUAAAUGUCGGUCUCCGUAUGUGCGGCUGGGACGACUCAAUUGUCAAGUACUUCCUCCUCGGAAAUCCCCUCGUCUACUGGGGUUCCACUGCUUCCCUCGGUGUUCUCGCUCUCAUAGUAGCAUGGUACUUGAUCCGCUGGCAACGAGGCUACGACGAGCUCAAGCAAGCUGAUAUUGAUCAAAUUCACUACGCCGCUCUCUAUCCCGUACUUGGAUGGUUCCUUCACUACAUGCCAUUCGUCGCCAUGGCUCGUGUUACCUAUGUCCAUCACUACUACCCAGCUCUCUACUUCGCCAUCCUGACAUUUGGCUUUGUCGCCGACUGGAUGUUGAGGCACAAGGGCCAGGCCGUGCAAUACUCCAUUUAUGGUGUUUUGUAUGCCGCGACUAUAGGACUGUACGUUGUGUUUAUGCCGAUUUCUUGGGGUAUGGAGGGUCCAAAUAGGCAAUACAGCUACUUGAAGUGGUUUGAUUCCUGGAGAGUUACAGAUUAA